AAAAGAAUUGUGAUCUUAUUUUAAAUUAUUGUAUAUUAUAUAUUUGAUAAUGAAUUGUAGUUAAUGUUAUUUUGCAUUAAAAUUUUAUUAAAGUGCACUACAAGUUAUGUACUAUAUUAAAUAUUACGAAAUAUUUCUUGUAUUAUAAUAAAUAUAAUUAUUUCUAAUCCAUAUAAAAAAUACUAGAUGUUAAAGAAAUGCAUUGGGAAAUAGUUAAGUUAUAAUUUAAAAAAAAGUUUAUUUUAUGAUUUAGUCAUAUCCAAAAUAUAUUUCACUCCUAUUCGACCAUCUGUAUGAAUUGCAUUAAUAACAGCUUCCUGAUAUUGACAAAAUGGAACUAACUUGUGUGGUGGAGCUUUUAAUUUCUUAUUCUUGAAUAAUGUUCCUAAUUCGCUAAACAUAUUUUCACGCUCUUUGGAAUUCAUAUUUGUUUUUGUCCAUGCUGUCAUCCAAAAUCCUUUUAAUGUUAUAUCCUGAAAUAAAUGCAGAAGUUGGAACUGUUAAAGGUUCUCUGGACAUACCACCAUAAGUUACCAUAAUACCUCCAUGUGCUAAAUGUCUUAAAAUCUCCAAUGCAUUUUGACCACAUAUACAAUUAAGAGCUAAUUUUGGUGAAGGUAAUUUUUUACUUUUAAAAAUCUGAGUUUUCUUUAUUUCACUUUCGGUAAGAAUUUCAUCUGCGCCCAAACUUAUCAAGUGAUUCUAUAAAUGUUUCAUUAUUGGAUCAGAAUAGAAAUUUAAAUUUUAACUGUUUUUAUACCUUUAGUGCCUCUAUAUUUGGUCUGUCUCUUAUGACGCUAACAGAUUUGUAAUUCCAUAUUUUACAUAAUUGUAUAAUCAUUUGUCCAACAGCUGAAUUUCCUCCAUUUUGGAUGACAGUAUCACCAGGUUUUAGUUCUACAAAAUCUUUAAGCAUUCUGUAUGCAGUACAUGGAUUUACAUUUAACAUACUAGCUUCUACAGCAUCAACUUCUUUUGGAACUUUCAUAAGCUCUUCUGCAGUAUAAUUUGCAUGUGUCCUCCAUGUUCCUAAAUGUAUACCAUUUGGUAUAACUCUAUCGCCAACAUUUAGAUGUUUCACGUUAGAUCCAACAGCUAUUACUUCACCUACUCCCUCAUUUCCUGGAAUAGCUGGUAAAGGUGGUUUGCUUGGAUAUUUACCUUGUAUCGUAUUUAUAUCUGCUGGAUUAACAGUUUAAAAAAAUUAUUUUAAUUGAAUUACCUGAUUAUUUUCUGGUUGAUCAAUAGAUUGUGUUGUAACGUGUAAAACAUCUACAGGUUCUCCAUAUUCUUUAUAAAGUAAAGAUUUUACAAAAUCUGUUUUAACAGUAGCGCUCAUUUGACGAACUGAUGUAAAAUUUGUAACAAUUGAUCGUGAUAAAACCAAGUUUCUCACGCAUAUAACCAUUUUAGUGUUCUAUGUGAUAAAUAUUCAAAUGUUUUUUAAAAAAAUAAUUCUUUCGGAUAAUGUCGAUAACAACUAAGAAAUCAUGAUCAGUUAACUAAUGAUCAUGCAGUAGAGCACUACAAUUAUAUGUUUACUUAUGUACGUUAAGACAAGAUUUUAAUUCACUAUAUAAUCUUAUAUAUUAAAACAGAAUUUUUAUUCUUGAUCAAUACUAUUAUUAUAUAAAUGUCUUAUGUAUUAAAGCAAAUUUAAUUAAUUUAAUUACUAAUUAAAUAAUUUAUUAUUAUUUUAUAUUUAUAUUUAUAUUUAUUAAUCGACAAUCUUCGCUUUUUAUUUCAUUUUAAUAUUUUACAAGUGAUAUUUAGAUAAAAAAGAGUUAUGUAAAAAUUAUUUUCAUGUUACAUUCAAAUUAAUAUUUAUUUUAUAUAUCUUUUAUUAUUACGAAAUCAUAUUAUAUGAAUCAUGUUACAUGAAUAAUUUUAAUAUCAGUAAUACCAAGCGUAAGUUGAGAACUUUCAUGAACAAAGAGAUAGGGAAUUUUUAUAAUAUGAAAAAAGAGAAAGAGAAAGAAAAAGAGAAAUAAAAGAUACAAUCAUUUUUCUAAACUUGCGAAUUGACUAGUGGUUGCAAUUAAUGCAGCAAACAGUCAUAAUUAGUAGUUUCACAUAAGCUUGAUAACCUCACAUCAUUAUACAUAAAUUGUAUAAUCAGCUACGAUUUGACAUUUCACCAUAAGUUUCUCGUUGUCAAAACAGGAGUUUUAUACAUUGUUAUGUACAUACGAUACAAAAGACCAAAUGUGUUAAUGUAUUUUUAAGAAAAUUAGAAAAAUGAUGGCUUCAGAGAUAGGUUCAACGAACAAUGAACCUGUACAUGUCAAGAUCAAUAGUGAAAAAGCUCCUUUAAUCCAUGGAAGAAGUGUUCUAUACAGAUUAAGUAAUUUCUUUAAAUUUGGACGAGUACAACAUGCAGAAGGAGAUGGAUACGUAGAAUUUGGUAGUUUAAAUGUAGAUAGCAGCCGUACUUUGGGAACAUUUGCUGGUGUAUUUAGUCCUGUAACAUUAUCCAUGUUCAGUGCCUUAAUUUUCAUACGAAUGGGAUACAUUGUGGGCAAUGCAGGAUUAUUUGUCACUUUGAUACAAUUUGUAAUUGCAUAUGGGAUUUUACUAUUUACUGUAGCAUCUGUGUGUGCAAUUUCAACUAAUGGAGCAGUUGAAGGAGGCGUUAUGAUUAGUCGUACACUUGGACCAGAAUUUGGUGGUUCUAUUGGUACGUUAUUUUUUAUGGCUAAUAUUGUAUCAAGUGCUCUUUGUAUUUCUGGAUGUGCAGAAGGUUUGAUAGAAAGCUUUGGACCAUCUGGUUAUUUGUCUGGUAAAAGUGCAUUGAUACCAGAUGGCGGGUGGUGGAGAUUUUUAUAUUGUUCUAUAUUAAAUACUGCCAAUUUAGUGGUAUGUCUAAUAGGAGCUGCUAUGUUUGCAAAAACUAGUGUUGCAAUCUUGGCUGUUGUAUGUAUCUGUUUAAUAAGUGUUUUUAUAAGUUUUUUGGCCAAAGGAUAUAUGGAGAUACCAAUUCCAGAUGCAAAUACAUUGGUUCAAAAUGCAACAGAACAUGUUAAUGGCACUUACACAGGAUUAUUGUCAUCUACUCUUGUGGGUAAUCUUUAUCCAAACUAUAGUGCAGAUUAUUCAAGUAAAGGAGCAAUGACUGAUUUUGCAAGUGUUUUUGGUGUAUUAUUUAGUGGUGUUACUGGUAUAAUGGCUGGAGCUAAUAUGAGCGGUGAAUUGAAAAAUCCAGGAAGGAACAUUCCACGUGGAACUUUGUCAGCAGUAUUAUUUACAUUUAUAUGUUAUAUUCUUUUAUCUAUUCUUACAGCUGCUAGUACAAGUCGAUUUUUAUUGCAAAAUGAUUUUAUGUAUAUGAUGCCAAUUAAUAUUUGGCCACCAUUUGUGGCAGUUGGUAUAUUAACAGCAACAUUUAGUGCAGGUUUAAGUAAUUUAAUAGGAUCAAGUAGAGUUUUAGAAGCUCUGGCGAAAGAUAACGUGUUUGGUUCCUUGAAUAUCAUUGCACAACUUAAUUCAGUAUUGUUCUUGCUAAGUUAUUUGGCUACUAAUCUAGCCUGUCUUGGACUUGAACUUGCAAGUGCUCCAAACUUUAGACCAACAUUUAAUUAUUUUACAUGGCAUACAGCUACAAUUGGUCUUCUUGGUACAUUAAUAAUGAUGUUUGUUAUAAAUGGUAUUUAUGCUUCCAGUAGUAUAAUACUUUGCUUAAUUUUAAUCAUUGUGUUGCAUUUAUUUUCUCCGAGUAAAAAUGCCCCUUGGGGGAGCAUAUCUCAAGCACUUAUAUUUCAUCAAGUCCGGAAGUACUUAUUAAUGUUAGAUUCACGUAAAGAUCAUGUAAAAUUUUGGCGACCACAAAUGCUCUUAAUGGUAGCAUCUCCACGAUCAGCGUGCCCACUUAUAGAUUUUGUAAAUGAUCUAAAAAAGGGAGGAUUAUAUGUAAUAGGACACGUAAAAGUUGGAGAAUUUUUAGGCCAGAAUAUUGAUCCUACUAUAGAAGAGUAUCCACAUUGGUUAAGUUUAGUUGACCAUAUAAAAGUAAAGGCAUUUGUCGAGUUAACAGUUACAAAAACUGUACGUGAAGGACUACACCACUUAAUUAGAAUAUCAGGAAUGGGAGCUAUGAAACCAAAUACAAUUGUUCUUGGUUUUUAUGACGAAGAGACGCCGAUAGAUUUUUUCAAGAAUUCACAAUAUGCAACUGACAUAUUUGAAAACAUUUCAACUUUACCAAACAGUACUAUAUUUCCUUUAAGACAUACAAAUGCAGAGAAGAAUCUGGAUUCAAUACAAUAUGUGGGAAUGUGUUCAGACGUGUUAAAAAUGAAAAAAAAUUUAUGUUUAUGUCGAAAUUUCCAUACGUUAAAUAAAUUACAAAUAACUAAGAAUUCAUCUUUAAAAUAUAUAGAUGUAUGGCCCGUGAAUUUUUUUCAACCAACAGAUCAAGAUCCAUUUGAUACAACAUCGUUGUUUAUGUUGCAACUUGCAUGUAUUAUUAACAUGGUACCUGUAUGGAAAAACCUGCAUCUCAGAGUAUUUCAUUGUGAAGUUUCAGAAAGUAAUGCAAGUUUAAGUAUCUCAGAUUCACAAAAUUCAAUCAGCGAAUUUCCACGAGUUUCUAACGAACUUCGCAUAAGAAAAUUAUUAAAUAUGCUGAGAAUAUCUGCAUCUAUUAAAAAAAUUCCUAAUUGGGGAACACAAAUAAGUGGGAUAAAAGGACAUUCUCUUAUUGAUUCGGUGGAAAGUCAAUAUGAAUCAAGCACCGAAAGUGCCAAUAUCUUGAGCAAUGUUUCACGUGCUUAUAUUUUGAGUGUAAAUCAAUUAAUUAAACAACAUUCUUUACAAACUGCUACAAUAUUUAUGUAUUUACCUGCACCCCCAGUAUCGAAUACAUGGGAUGAGAGUACUAUAUAUCGUCAAUAUCUUCAGCUGUUAACAGAAUUAACAGCAGAUUUACCACCUACAGUAUUAGUGCACGGUGUUAGUGCUGUUACAUCAACAACGCUAUAAUAAUAUGUAAAUAUAGGAAUGGAAAUUCUUAUUGUUAAUUAUUGUAAUUUUUCUAUAUAAGAAAGUAUUAUUCAAUGAAUAAUUUAUGUGAUUUUAAAUUAUGAUUUAUAUAUAUAUAUAUAUAUA